CUAAAUUUAACAGAAAUUAUAGAUAUUGUAGGAAUUAUUUAAUAAGGUUUUUCAGAAUUUUUUUUAAUAGUAUUAUUACCACCAAUAUUAUAUGAAUCAGCAAUAAAUAUGUAAAGGAAAUAUUUUUUUAAGCAUCUUGGAAGUAUUAUAGUUUAUUCAGUUAUAGGAACUGCUAUUUCAAUACUUACUACUUCAGCAUUAAUAUAUUUUAUAGGUUGGAUUGGAGUAGCAACAAACUUAGGAUUAAAUGGAAGUUUUGCUUUUGGUGCUUUAAUAAGUGCAACUGAUCCAGUUGCUGUUAUGUCGAUUUUUAAAUAAAUGAAUUGCGAUAAAAAUUUAUAUGCUUUAAUUUUUGGAGAAUCUAUUUUAAAUGAUGCUGUAUCUAUUAUAGUUUAUAAUAUUACACUUUAAUUAAAAGAAGAACAAGGAGGAUAUGAUACAAUUUGGAAAGCUUUAUAUGAUUUUCUUUAUGUAUUUUUUGGCUCAAUGGUUACUGGAUUUGUUAUAGGAUUAUUAAGUGCAUAUAGAUUAAAAUAUAAAGAUAAAUAAAACGAAGAAACUUAAAAUAACACAGAAAUGACUAUUUUAACAAUUAUACCUUGGGUAAGUUAUUUAGUCGCAGAAGGUUUAUAAUUAUCAGGAAUUGUGAGCAUUGUUUUUUGUGGAAUUGCUAUGGUUAGAUAUGCACUUCCUAAUGUUACUGAAAAUAAUCAAAAAGUCAACAAAAGAUUGUAUAAUAUACUAGCAUAUACAUUUGAAAACUUGGUUUUUAUUUUUAUUGGGGUUGGAUUUGUUUGCUUUGAUUUGGCUUGGAAGGAAAUGGGAGUAAGUUUGUUUGUUUGCGCUUUUUUAAUAAUAAAUUUAGCAAGAUAUAUCAAUGUGGAAACAGUUUCUUAUUUUUUAAAUAAGUAUAGAACAACAAAUAUAGUUAAUAAAAAUUUUAGAUUUAUUUUAUGGUUUUCUGGAUUUAGAGGUGCUAUGGCUUAUGCUCUUUCAAUGAAAAGUAGAGAAUAAUUUACUUAAAAUAAUUUAGGUAGAAUUAUGUUAACAAUAACUUUAUUGUAUUCAGUUAUAAACAUAUUUAUACAUGCAUCAAUUUUAGAAAAUAUAGCUAAAAAAUGCAAAAUUUAAUAAAGUUUUUAUAAUUUAGAAGAAUAAAAAGAUAAUUUAUAAGUUUCAGAUCAUAAUCAUUAAUACUAAGGUUUUUGGAAUAAAGUUAAAGAAUUUUUUGCAUUGGUAGAUCAAAAAUACUUAUAAAAAUUUCUUUUGGGAAAUGUUGACGAUAUGAAUUUGUCAUUAAAUAUUAAUAUUGAAUAAUUAUUAAGAAGUUUAAAAUGA